AUGGCGAACGCUCGAAAUGAUAUUCGAUCUGACCGAGUGUGGUCUUAUCAAAUGGAUGAACUUUCAUACGGUCAAGACUCCGUUGACAUACGUCCGGAAAAGCCAAAUGUUGACACUGAGACCCCCUCCGCUUCUAGCUUUUCGGAUUCCAGCUUGGGACUAUCCUCCUCACCCAAGAUCCAGUCAGUUGCUGUGACUAAACAGCCCCGUAGCGGUUACAGACACUGCUGGGGAUGUUGGGCUCAUUGGAAGCGACUCCCGCCGGCAAUGAGAUGGCUUCUAGUUAUAUUCGGGUUGAUCGCCGUCACAGUUGUUACUGCUUGGUUCGUCGGCUCCCAUCUGGCAGCCAAGGACCGUAUCGAAAAGGAAAGACUGGCAAAGCUCCAAAUCGCAAAGCCUAGCGCCGAGAAUGCCAUACACCAACGCGCCUUGAUAACGGCCCUGCCUGGCGACUCUUCCGAGAUCUCUCUGUCUACCGCCACAUCAUCCCUCAUUGUGACCGCUCCCAUGCCUAUUUUCACCGAUCCUGCGCGAAAUACCUUUUUGACCAAGGUCCGUAUCGCUAUGUCCACGAACGGUGUCGCCUCGCCGGCUCCCUCUAUGGGAGUGACAAGAACCUCAUUGACACAUUGA